UUCAUUUACAAUUUUCAAUUUAUAAGAAAAAGUUACAAAGGCAACGGUGGAGUAUAACAAAAUUUCUUGUAGAAAGGCCCCUUCUUUGUCUUUUGAUCCUGCCGACUUUUCGCCAUCAUUCUUCAUUUCUGGUUUUGGAACAAACUCUUCUUUUGUAUUUACUAAAAGACAGGUCAUCUAUACUUUUUCUUGUCGUUUACUUUAAGAACUUUGUAACCCCACAAUUCAGAGUCAAUACUCACUUUUGUCAUUGUUUUCUGGAGAAACGACUUUUAACCCAUUAUGCGCGCGGCUUCGGGAGAGUCAGAAGAAGCCCCAAAAGUAUUCCACGUUAUCGUAGACGAGAAAGAGGGCGAGUCUACAAAAUCAUCAUCGAGUGACCUUGCCGAAAAGGAGCUUUCAGUAGGCGAACGAAGACGUUUGUUAAGGCGCUUAGAUUUGGUAUUAGCUCCUACGAUUAUGAUAUUCUAUUUAAUUGCCUUUUUGGAUCGCACUAAUAUUGGCAAUGCAAAAAUCGCAGGCUUGACUGAAGAUAUACACCUUAAAGGAAACCAAUUCAAUAUUGUAACAAGUUUAUUUUAUGUUACUUUUAUUUUGUUUGAAAUACCCACGACUUUAUUGAUCAAAAAGUUUCAACCAAAGCAAAUGCUAACUCUCAUUGUGAUAACCUUUUCUCUUACAACCAUAUUCACUGGAUUUGUGCAAAACUAUGCCGGGUUUCUUGCUACUCGACUUGUUCUAGGUGUCUGUGAGGCAGGUCUGUUUCCUUGUCUCACGGUUUAUUUGACAAUGAUUUAUUCUAGAGACGAGCUGGCACCACGCAUUGCAUAUCUGUUUGCUGCAUCAGCUCUAUCUGGUGCCUUUAGCGGUCUCUUUGCCUACGCCAUUUUACACAUGCACAGUGUCGGAGGCUACGCUGGAUGGCGUUGGCUGUUUAUCAUUGAAGGUAUGAUUGGAUUCGUGGCUGGAGUCCUUGGAUACUUUGUUAUUCCAAAUGAUCCAGCAAAGGCUUGGUUUUUGUCUGAGCCCUAUCGAGAAAUGGUUCGUCGUCGUCAAGCGCAGCGACGCUUUGAUUUGGAGGCGGACCAUUUCGAUUGGAAGAGCGUCAAAGAAGCUUUAAAAGAUUUUAAAAUUUACCUUUCUUCUCUUGCAGAAUUUGGACAAGAUACCUGUUUAUAUGGCUUCAGUACCUUUCUUCCUGCCAUUAUUCGAGGAAUGGGUCACCAAUCUCUUUCUGUUCAAUAUCUCACCAUCCCAGUCUAUAUACUAGGUGCUGCUGUCUAUAUUAUAGCUUCGUUCCUUUCGGAUCGCUUUCGAUCAAGAGGUCUCAUUUUGAUUACUAGCAACAUCUUCCCCAUUAUUGGUUAUAUCUUGCUGCUCACUUGUCAAGGAAAAAACAACGUCCUAUACUUUGCUUGUUAUUUAUGUUCAUUGGGCAUUUACACCGGCGCUGGCCUGAACGUAACCUGGUUGAGUGCCAAUGUCGCACCCCAUUACAAGCGUGCGACAGCAAUUAGCAUGCAAAUGGCAAUUGCAAAUUCUGCUGGUAUUCUCUCUGGCCAAGUGUAUCAGUUCCCGCCCAAGUAUGUCGCUGGUCAUGCUACCUCUUUAGUUGCGAUUGGCAUCGCAACCGUUUUGCACAUCCUGACCAUUUUCUAUUAUUCAGCUAAGAAUACUACAAAGAGGCGGUCUAUGGAUCAGUUGACUCCUGAUGAAUUAUUGAAGCAGCCCCAUAACGACGAUGAUCCUCAAUUUCUAUAUAUGCUUUGAGACGAUUGCAUACUUUGUAUACUAAAAAAGAGCCCAACGUGAAUUUGAAUUUAAGCACCUUUCGCUGAUUCGUUUUUUCGUGUUAUCCAUUAUGGCUUUCCAUUCAUACAAACACUGUUAUGAAUCAUUACCCUACCGAUCGUUUUUUUUGUAUAUUUGUAUAUUUCAACAAUUUUGGACGACAAGACGAUUAAUAGGACUCUUAGUCUUCCCUAUUGCUUAAUUUGUAUAUUAGUUCUAUAUAAUGUUUUACCUAUGAUUUUGCGUUGCUUUUUUUGUUAUUAACAAGUUAAUAUGAAUGAAAC